CUGACAGCGUUUGGUGUAUGUGGUCAAGGUAAUGUCUGCGCGAGCUCUACGUCUCACUUGAAUUGCAAACGUUUCCAUUUCGUAGCUACGCGUGUGAUCACCCAACAUGUCGUCCGAGUCAAAGACCGACUGGGAACGAUUUGUUACGCCCAAAUUGCCGGAACUUGUGAAAAAGCUAAAACCGUCGUCACUGCUGGAAGAAUUACGUACUGGCGACCUCAUAUCUGCUGAAGAUUGCAAUACUUUGCGACUUCCCUGUUGGACGGAGGAGGAGCGCUCUCGAAAAUUGUUAUAUGAAAUCUUACCUUACAAGGGAGACGAUGUUGUCGAUCGCUUUCGACAAAUCCUCCUGAAAGUCCAAGAACAAGCACAUAUUGCAAAAGAAGUUUUGCAGGUGAAAAUCGUGCCAAAGUCUUCUACUGAAGAAGUAGAGAAAACGCCACAACAGAAAGGUACUAAUGAAUUUGAAGCAUCCACACCCGCUAGUACAUUGUCAGAGGCGGGGUCUCAUUGGGACCAGCUGAAGCCUCGUCAUUCGGACCUCAUCAAGGAGCUGCGCCUUAGUCUGUUCUUGGAUGAACUUCGGGCAGACGGUUUACUUACACGAGAAGAAUUUCUGCAGCUACAGCAAGAGUCAAUGAGUGAAGCUGCUCGAUCAGACAUGCUUGUAAGUACAAUUCUUCCACAGAAGGGAAAAGGAUCAUUUGAAGCAUUUUGUAAAAUUUUGAAUAAUGAGGAGAAACAAAAGCAUGUUGUUAGUAAAAUUUUGAAAGUUCCAAGUGAGGCCUUGCUGCCGGUCCAUAUCAAUGAGUCUCCAAUCAAUAGCAAACAGACUGUUGAAUCUGAAGAUCAUGACAACAUUAGCUCAUCCAGAAUUCAAGGUGUCAUGUCUAUGCAAGGGAGCUCAAUUAGAAUGUGGAUGCUGAACAAGAGGAUGUUGUUGUUAUUGUCAACGAUUGCUUCACAAUCUAGAUGUAUUGAGAAACAGUUGGUUUGGUUGUUUCCAACUGUUGAUGCUUUAAGUGAUGAUCUUGAUCCAAAGAAGCUUGAAAAUGAGCUACAAGUUCUAACGUUUCGUAGAGAGUUAUUGGAUGAGAUGAACAAACAGAACAUGGUAGUGAUGGAUGCUCUUGGAAACAACAGACCUGACAUUGCACGGCAGGAAAUAUCAGAACAUGACGGUUCGGUUACUGCUUGCUUUACUAGAAUGAAAGUGAAAGAGACGACUGUUGCAAGUGAUGUAUAUCACAAGCUUGAUGAGAUUAGAGGUAUUAGAAAGGACAUAGAAUUGAAAUUAUCACAGAGACCACAAUUGCAAGAGUUAACUGCUUACAGUUACUCAUUACAAGAAAGAUUGGAAGCAAUAAGAACUAGUCUGACUCUUCUCAAGAAACAGAAAGAACUGAAACAAAUUGCUACCUACUCUGAAGAGAAAAUCAAGGAAAAAAUGAGAAUGAAAGAAGAAUCAAAUUCUGCUGCAGAGCAAACAGCUAUUGACCUUGAAAAAUUGAAACAGAAAGAGGUUACUCAGGUCUCUGAUGUUAGUCAAAGAUACGAAACAGGUAUUAUUAUAAAAGUAUUAACAAAAAAGAAGACUUAUUCUAAACAACUAGAGUUAGUAGGUUUCAUAUACAAACUAUCAAAAGAACUAAAUGUCUUGAAAGGAUAUUUGAGAAGUGAAGCUUGUGAUCGAAACAUACUAACUGACAUGUGUCCAUAUAUUUUUUACAAGAAAUUUUUAAGUGAAGUUGUUUCUGAUGGGGAAGAAAUUGUUGUUUCUGAUAGAGAAGAAAAUGAAGAAGACCAGUAUCUAGAACCACUCAAAGUUGGUCAUGCUUACUCAGAACCAUUUUGA